AUGAAGUCGUCUUCACCUAAGCCACUGAACAAUGGCACAACCGUUGAGCAAGUUGAAAAAGCCAUAUCUCGCGGUCCCUCCUACCAGGAACCCGAAGAUGUCGACUUCAACAUGACUUGGCAGCUGUGGUUAGCAAUGGCGUCGUUCCAACUCGGCUAUAUGUCGACACUGUUUUCGACCUCCAUGACCUCAACCAUCAUGUCAGAAAUCAACGCGGAUAUUGGUCCUAGCACAAGCUACACAUGGAUGACCUACGCUCAACUCUUCUGCACUGCCGUUCUUUGUCCCUCCUUCGGACGUCUCAGUGAUGUCUAUGGCCGCCGCAAUUUUCUUAUUGUAGGCAACAUCAUUGGUGCCAUUGGAUGCGUGGUGGCUGCGACUGCGCAUGAGGUCCGGACUGUUAUUAUCGGAAGUUCCUUCAUUGGCGUGGGCAAUGCGAUACAAGAGUUAGCACUGACGUGCCUCUCCGAGAUGGUGCCCAGAAGGUCGAGGUUCUUGGCCAUGGGUAUUUUUCAGGCAUCGGCGUUCCCUGCCUCUGUGUUCGGACCUGUGAUUGCAUUUAGCAUUGUCAGGGAUGGAUCUUGGCGUGGUACCUUUUGGCUGACCUUCGCCCUCGAUCUGGCCGCCUGCGCCCUCACAAUACUGUUCUAUAAGCCAGUUCAUCAGUAUCAGCAAGUCGAAGGCAAGACAGAGAUUCAGCGGUUCCUCGGUCUCGAUUGGUUCGGAAACUUCCUUUUCAUCGCCGGCAUUACCGUACUUGGUACCGGCUUGUUAACUGGAGGCAAAGAGUUUCCUUGGAAGUCUACUACAGUCAUCACAUUGAUGAUCGUGGGAGGUCUUUUAUUAGUGGCUUUGCUUGUGUGGGAGAGAUAUACUAAAGUAAGGGAAAGCUUUUUCCCCAGGGAGUUCUUUACUUCCCUUCGAGGCAGUGCUAUCCUCAUUCAAGCCGCUGGCUUUUUUGGUAUGGCUUACUACUCGACAUCCACGCUUUGGCCUCAACAAGUUGCCAUGCUCUACACUGGCGACACUAUGGCAGUCGGAUGGUACACAUCUGCAUUUGGUGCCGCUGGCUGUCUCGCUGGCCCGAUUGUAGGGUACUUUAUAACCAAGUUCAGACACGCACGCUGGGUACUUACUGGAAACCUCGCGGUUCUCACGACCUGUUUGGGGGCCCAAGCUAUUGUCACCCCAGGUUCCCAUGUUGCGUCGACAGUACUCGUGGCAUUGAUUGGGUUCUGUGUAACGUCCAUCACGGUUGCAGCAGUUACUAUGAUCCAGCUGGACGUACCACAUGAUUAUAUCGGCACUGCAACGGGAGUCGCAAUCACUUGUCGUUCCAUGGGAGGGGCUAUAGGACUUGUAGUCUACUCAUCGGUUCUAUCUUCACGCUUCAGCUCCAACCUCCCCUCUAAGGCGGGUAUGCCCCUUGCCAUGGCUGGUAUUGAUCCAAAGACAAUUCCCGGUAUUCUGCAGGCCCUUCUAAGUGGCAAUCUCAAGAACCCUGCACUUCAAGGUGUCCCUCCAAACAUUCUCGCCAUCGCAGUCAAGGGUAUCAAGUCUGCUUUCGCGUCUGCCUUACGUGUAACAUUUCUCACCAGUAUCUCCUUUGCCGCUGUUGCUCUUGUACUUGUGGCUUUCAAUGCUGAUGUUGAUCAUCUUAUGACAAAGCAGGUGGACGUCAAACUGGCAGGAGAUAAAGAAUCAGGCACAACUGCUAGAAACAGCUCACCCUCUCAGCCUCAUGUAACUUAG